CGGGCUCGCCUUCAUGUCAAUCAUAUCAUCUUUGCUCGAGCACGCACGCACAUCAGCAAUAGCCUGGUUAUGUUCUAUCCACAUGGCAACCGUUCAUCUCCCACAAUCGCAGGCUCUAUUGAACACAUUUAUAUCAUAGAUGGACAUCCUCGCUUCACUGUUCGUCGAUACCUCCCAGCAGUGUUGAACGGCCCGGAUCCUUUCACUCGAUGGUUCAACUUUCCAGCCCGAACAUGGUCAACGGAGAGGUCCCAAACACUAGAGAAGGUGAAAGUUCAGUGGGUGCUCUCACAGUUCGCUGAAUAUGCUAUUUUCAAGGAUCAUGUCAUUGUAUUAGAACUAAAUCAGGUAGGUAUUGCCCGUCUUCCUACUUGGACCACUCACUCACAUCUGUCCAAGAUGUAA